CCACCGACCGCCACCAUGCCGCCUUUGUCGCUCUUGCUUCGUCCUGCCGCCCGCUCUGCUCUGAGACAUUCGGCUCGACUUGCUGUCACGACGCGCGCACUACAUGCAUCUUGCUCCAGGAGGAGUCCCGGCGACGGCGGUCUAAGCAACAUUCUCUCUGGGGGCACCGCGCCCGCGGUGCAAGUGAACACUAUCACGCAGCAUGGGAUCCAGCUCUCGGACGGACUCCUGCUGACGUCUGCCUGUAUCUUCUUGGACUCCAAAGUCUUCUUGUGGAACGUACCACAGACGCUUUGGGAUGGGUGGAAACCAGAGCACUUCGCGAUAUUCGAGACUGUGGUGCCGAAACCUGAGAUCCUCCUCCUUGGAACAGGCCAGCAGGCACAGAUGCUCCCGCCGGCUCUACGUCAGUACUUGACAAGCAUAGGCAUUCAAGUAGACAUGAUGAAUACGCGAAACGCGUGCUCGACGUACAACCUCCUAGCGGAGGAGGGGCGGCGCGUCGCAGCGGCGCUCUUGCCAAUAACGCCUCGAAAAUGGGACGGCGCGCCCCCCGCAUGAUGUCAGCAUGACCUGCACGUCACCUAUUUAGAGAUCCAGCUAUAAUUCAAAGCAGAUAGGGAAGACGGCGAGAUAGCUACGGUGGAGGUCUAUAUUACAGCGGUACUCUUCUGGACCAGCUUGCAAGAUCGUACAUAGUUGCUUGCCCAAGAGGUAGGGAAGGGCAUCAGGUGGGGCACCCGCCGGUUCACUCUUCUGCUUUCCGCUUCCCCUUUUGCGUGGAUGGGUCUUCGUAUUCUUCAGGGUUAAUGGGCGGUAUGGACACCCUCACGGGCAGCAGACCUCCAUUGGGGUCCUUGAAUUGCACAAAAAUAGGGUCCCAGUUCGCAACGACGCUCUUGAGCUGCGCACCCAGUUCCAAUUUCUCGUACUUCCCCGUCGGCCGCCCCUGCACCUUCGCCGCGCGCGCGAGCUCGAAGUCAUCCGUGUCCGCGACACUUGGCACCGCCCACUCCGAGCUGUCCUCGUCCAUGACUUCUGGGUUGGGCUCUGGGUUCUCCAGCACGCUGGACUGUAGCGCAGACAGGACCUCAGCUUUCACAUCUUCCACGGUCGACGUGCUCGGGAGGGUGAGCAGGACGGUGAGUUUGUGCGUCUUCAGCAGCAAGAUGAAGUUCUUUGGCUGAAUUCUGGGAGGCAUCCUCUGCGACCACUCUCUAGAAGAACAGCGUAGAUUUGAAACUGGGUAGACGCGUCGAGUGCAGAUGCGAGAGUGGC